GGAAGUGUCUACGGAGGCCGGGCCGGAGGCUGGGCAGGGGCCGGGCAUGAAGCCGGGCGGCAACCAGAUCGCGGCUGGUGGCGGCGAUGAGCGACAUAGUGGAGAAGACGCUGACGGCGCUGCCGGGACUCUUCUUGCAGAACCAGUCGGUUGGCGGGCCAGCGGGAGUCAAGGCGUCGUUCUCCUCGCGGCUGGGCAACCUCGUCCGCGGCAUCACCGCGCUAACCUCCAAGCACGAGGAAGAGAAACUAAUCCAGCAGGAACUGAGUAAUCUGAAAACAACUGUUUCUGCUCCUACUACAACACUGAGAAUGAUGAAGGAGUGCAUGGUGAGACUUAUAUAUUGUGAAAUGCUUGGAUAUGAUGCUUCCUUUGGCUACAUACAUGCGAUCAAGUUGGCACAACAAGGAAACCUUUUAGAAAAAAGAGUAGGUUAUUUGGCUGUUUCUUUAUUUCUACAUGAAAGUCAUGAGCUGUUGCUUCUCCUUGUGAAUACAGUUGUAAAGGACUUGCAGAGCACUAACCUGGUAGAAGUAUGCAUGGCACUUACUGUCGUCAGCCAGAUAUUCCCUCGAGAAAUGAUUCCAGCUGUUCUUCCAUUAAUUGAAGAUAAACUUCAACAUUCUAAGGAGAUUAUACGAAGAAAAGCUGUUCUGGCAUUAUAUAAAUUCCAUCUCAUUGCUCCUAAUCAAGUACAGCAUAUCCAUAUUAAGUUUCGGAAAGCACUUUGUGACAGAGAUGUUGGGGUCAUGGCUGCUUCUUUGCACAUAUACUUUAGGAUGAUUAAGGAGAAUUCAUCUGGAUAUAAAGACUUGACUGGGAGUUUUGUAACAAUUUUGAAGCAAGUAGUUGGAGGAAAGCUCCCAGUAGAUUUCAAUUACCAUAGUGUACCAGCACCAUGGUUACAAAUCCAGCUCUUGAGAAUACUAGGACUUCUAGGAAAAGACGAUCAAAGGACAAGUGAAUUAAUGUAUGAUGUUCUUGAUGAAUCCUUACGAAGAGCCGAGUUAAAUCACAAUGUCACAUAUGCUAUUCUGUUUGAAUGUGUACAUACAGUUUAUUCUAUUUAUCCUAAAUCAGAAUUACUUGAGAAGGCUGCCAAGUGCAUUGGAAGAUUUGUUCUGUCACCUAAAAUAAAUCUCAAGUAUUUAGGGCUGAAGGCUCUUACCUAUGUUAUCCAGCAGGAUCCCACUCUGGCUCUUCAGCACCAGAUGACAAUAAUUGAAUGCUUAGACCAUCCUGAUCCCAUUAUUAAAAGAGAGACUCUGGAACUUCUUUACAGAAUUACUAAUGCACAGAAUAUAACAGUGAUUGUCCAGAAAAUGCUUGAAUAUUUACAACAGAGCAAAGAAGAGUAUAUUAUCGUCAAUUUGGUUGGCAAAAUAGCUGAAACUGUGGACACAUAUGCCCCAGAUAAUGCAUGGUUUAUUCAGACAAUGAAUGCUGUGUUUUCAGUGGGAGGAGAUGUUAUGCAUCCUGAUAUUCCCAAUAACUUUCUGAGACUGCUAGCAGAAGGUUUUGAUGAUGAAACAGAAAAUCAACAAUUAAGGCUUUAUGCAGUUCAGUCUUAUCUCACUUUACUAGAUGCGGAAAAUGUGUUCUAUCCACAGAAAUUUCUUCAAGUUAUGAGUUGGGUGUUAGGGGAGUAUUCCUAUCUCUUAGAUGAGGAAACGCCAGAGGAAGUUAUAACCAAACUCUACAAGUUACUUAUGAAUGACUCGGUUUCUUCAGAAACAAAAGCCUGGUUACUUGCUGCUGUUACCAAGUUGACACCCCAAGCACACUCUUCUAACAUAGUUGAGAGAUUAAUCCAGGAAUUCACCGUAUCUUUGGAUACUUGUAUGAGACAGCAUGCGUUUGAAUUAAAACACUUACGUGAGAAUGUGGAACUUAUGAAGAGCUUGCUUCCAGUUGAUAAGAGCUGUGAAGACAUGGUGGUAGAUGCUUCCUUAUCUUUUCUGGAUGGUUUUGUGGCUGAAGAACUCAGUCAGGGGGCAGCACCUUACAAACCUCACCACCAACGUCAGGAGGAGAAGCUUUCUCAGGAAAAAGUUCUCAAUUUUGAACCAUAUGGACUUUCAUUUUCUUCAUCUGGCUUCACUGGACGACAGUCUCCUGCUGGCAUUUCUCUUGGUUCAGAUAUAUCUGGGAAUAGUGCAGAGACUGGGCUGAAAGAGACAAAUAGCUUGAAGCUGGAAGGUAUAAAGAAAUUAUGGGGGAAAGAGGGCUAUCUUCCCAAGAAAGAAGGCAAAACUGAGGAUGAAACUGAAGUUCCGCCUGUUCCUCAAGAGAGUAUAAUAAUGGAGAAUGUAGACCAAACUAUAAUUAAAAAGGAUCAGUCUCAAGUCCUUACCCAAUCUAAAGAGGAGAAAGAAAAGCAGCUGCUGGCGUCAUCAUUAUUUGUUGGGCUAGGAACAGAAAGUACAAUCAAUUUGCUAGGAAAAGCAGAUACCGUAUCUCACAAGUUCAGAAGGAAAUCAAAAGUCAAGGAAACCAAAAGUGGAGAAACAACCAGUGCUCAGAAUAUGCCCUGUUCUUACUUUAGUUCUUCGUCAGAUGUGACUUAUGAAGAUGAUUAUUAUUUGGAUACUUUGCAGGAUAGAGGAGACAAAGAAUUAAAUAAGUUUUCUCUCAACUCAGAACUUUUGGAUUCUGAGUCACUCACAGAACUGCCCUCCGUUGAGAAACUCUCCAGUUGCACACUGUCUACACCUUCUUUGUUCACUGAUGAUAUGGAAGGUCUUCACUCUCCUUCGUCCACUGCAGCCUCAGUUGCUAAUGAAAUCUCUUUAGCUUCUUCUCUGUUGGAAGAAACUUCUGAACACAUGCAUUCAGAUCUUGUGGAGGUCUGUAAUAAUGAAACCAUAUCAGUGUCUUCUUACAAAAUUUGGAAAGAUGACUGUUUACUGGUGGUCUGGUCAGUUUCUAAUAAGAGUGGUUUGGAAUUGAAAAGUGCUGACUUAGAAAUUUCUUCUGCAGAAAAUUUCAAGAUCACUGAGAAACCUGGAUGCUGCUUGCCUGUAAUAGAAACAGAAAGCAUCAAAACCUUUCAAUAUAGUGUACAGAUGGAGAAACCUUUUACAGAAGGGAAUCUUUUUGGUUUUAUAAAUUAUCAGAUGAUGGAUACUCAUUCUGUUCAGCUCGAAUUUUCUGUAAACUUAUCACUAUUAGAUUUCAUUAGACCGUUGAAAAUCUCAACUGAAAACUUUGGCAAACUCUGGUUAUCCUUCGCAAAUGAUGUGAAGCAAAAUGUAAAAAUGUCAGAAUCUCAAGCUGCUCUGCCUUCUGCCCUGAAGACCCUGCAACAGAAACUAAGACUUCAUGUUGUUGAAAUUAUAGGCAAUGAAGGGCUUUUGGCCUGUCAGCUGCUCCCAUCCAUCCCCUGCUUGCUGCAUUUUCGAGUUCAUGGUGACGUAUUAGCCCUGUGGUUCAGAUCCUCCUGCUCUACUCUUCCUGACUAUUUACUGUAUCAGUGUCAAAAGGUAGUGGAGGGAUCCUAGCAGAAGCUCUGCUUUUAUUUUACUCCAUCAAAAUAAAUGGUUUACAUAGAUAAACUUAUUUACCAAAGUAAAAAGAACUCCUGGUACUUCUAAUGAAAACGGGGAUUAUUACAAGCUGUGGUUUUAUGUGUUUUCUUUAUGAAUCCUGAUCAAGAAAGAUCCCUAAGAAACUGUAUCCUUAACCUUUUACUCAGGAUUGUACAGUAUGUUUGGGUCUCACAAAAGUGACCUGAACUAAUGUUAUAAACUGCUAAUGAUUUAUAUGUCACUUAGUGUAGAGGGACUGAAAAUAUUUAUUUUGUUAUAAAUAAUUUUAUAGCAAAUUUACUCUAGUGCUAGCUGAUUUGUAGUAAAGCCAAGUCUCCGUUCUCUGCAUUAAUGGUGGGGGAGUUGGGGGGAGACAUGGCAUUGAUCAUCCCAAACCUAAUUUGUAUUUGGCUUUGGAAUGCAGUGUAAGCUUUUCGAUAGGGAAGUCAUUACUUUCAAUUAUUUUUUGCUUGGAUAAGUGUUGAAAUAAAUUGGCACAGCACACACUAACAGUUUAGGAGAUCCAUGAGCAUGCUGGAUAUCGGGGGGAUUCAAUCUGUGAUAUAGUUUUUAUUGUAGAUAACUUGUUACACAUAAUUGCAGAUAAUUCAGCUACAGAAUUUGUCCGUUUUCCACUUGAACUUAUUUUUAAAGUUCAAAAUGAAUCCUUAUUUUAAAUGUAUUCUUAUUUUAAAAACCCAGAGCCAUUUACAAAAUAUUAUCAUAUAAAAACAUAACCUAUAAGAGGACAGAAUACUAAAACAGAUAUAAAAGGACUUUGUAGUUAUGGCAACUAUCUUAGUUACCAUUUAGGUCCAUUUAGGUCCUUUUGACAAACUAAAUUUUGUGAGUAUAAAUGGCAAAACCAUCUUUCCUGGCUUUUGAAUCUGCUAAUACUCAAUGGAUACAACCAGAACAGUGAUACUUAAUCUGUAUAUGUACAGAUUCUUCAGUAAGAUACAUCAUUUUCAUGUUGUAAUUGUGCCUUUAUGGCCUAUGUCAGAAUUCUUGUCAGUGAAAGAAGAAGUUAGGCCUACUAUGAACAAUGGACCACAAUCUUGAGAUUGUACAUUAAAGUUAAAAACUGAAAUAGUAAGUAUUUUAUAAAAUCUUAUGGUGCUGUGGAAAAUAUUUAUUAUUUCACUUUUUCUGACACUUCACCAUGGAGACUGUUCAGGUAAUACAGUUUUAAGUCAUUGCAGUUAAUACUCUGGUUAAUUGGUACUGUUUAUCAUCCACGUGUGGAAUUCUGGUUUAAAUUAUCUCAAUCAUAACUGAUAAAGAUACUAAAGGGAUUCCCUAGAGCUGUUAGGUUUUAUUAGUUUUUUGUGUCUAGCAUUUUUCUCCCUAAAAACAAAAGCACUGUUUUUAAAAAUUAAAGUUACUCAUUUUUAAAAAUGUCACUUCUUGUUAAUUUCAUGUUUUUAAAAACAUACAGUAAAACCUUGCUAUGAAAGUAAUGAUAAGUGACUAGAAUUUCCUGAAUAGGUUUCUCUUUUGAAUAGAAGGUCAGAUUCAUCUUUAUGCUCCCAGCAGCGUCAUGUGAAGAGAAUGAGCUCUCUUGGAUGUGGUGGACACUGGUAGCUAGACUUACCAGCUUCCUCUUUAUUUUUGCCUCUGUCAACAGCACCCCUCUCCCCCAACCCCCGAUUCUGUUGUUACUCUGACAAAAAAUUAGGAAGUACCCUCUCACUUUGUAGAGGAAUACAGUAUGUGGCAAAGGAGGUGCUCCAAUUUUUUGUGUGUCCUUACUUCUGUGUGUGUGCAUGAUCACCAAGGCUAGGUUGAGUAUAGAGCAGUGUGUGUAAGGUGCCCAGCAAGCAGAUGGACGACUAUCUAGGAGAGAUUACAAUGGGCUACUCUGCUGCUUUGUUAAAAGGUUGGUCGUGAAUCGCAACUGACAGUUGUCAGUAACAUUGCUUGGCCAACAGAGCUGUCUGAUGGUGGGAGAUGUGUAAUGGUAGGUUAGGGCCAGGAGCAUCAUUUUAGCUUGUCAAAGGGAACAUAGUGUCACUUUUGUUCUUUCUGAAUCCACUAAAUAAAAAGUAGAGUAAUGGAGUUUCCACUGAAACAUUUAGUAGAAUGUUUACAAUUUUUAUAUUUUUAUGGCUUUAAAACAAUAGUAGGAAAGAGUGAAUUUUAAAGAACUUCGGAGCAGUGUGUAUCUGCCUAAAUUAAUUCAGUGUUUUAAGUUCCAAAUCAGGCAUCACCAACCUUUUUUGCAUUGCAGGAAGAUGUGACUGUAAAGUAGGGACCAUGAUUCUUGUGGGCAGAUAAUCCUCUUUACCUUACAGUCAUGGUUUAAAGUGAAGGGGCAGCAUCUGGAGUAGAGCUGUGGUGGGGAUGCUCAGCGUGUGAGUUCUGUGCCAGGCACCUUCACUGAGAGUGCAGGCGGCGGCAGGUGUGACUCUGGGGGAGAAUAAAGGGCAGACGGCAAAACCUUAAGAGCAGGUGAAUGAAGAAGGAUCAGGCUCCCGCCAGAGUAGUCCCUGUGGAGGUGGGUGGAUCAGGCUCAAGGGAAAGUGGGGCCCUGAGUAAGGGUACUUCUGAAGAGAGGGCAGAUGGAAGGUGAGCAGUUACCAAGUGCUAAUGUGCCAAGUGUGUCCGCAUGUUCUUUGCAGGGGGGCACUAUUUAAAUAGUAACCUGCUAUCCUCUACCAAAAAACAGUUGUGCUGAAAAUGCAGUAUUGUAUUUUUUCCUUUAUUUUGUUUCAUGUCAGUAAUACUGUAAAAUAUUGAGUUCUUUGUCUUCUUUUUUAUGGAUGAAUGUGAUCUUUGUCUCAUGAUUGUGAGCCACUGCAAGUGCACUGAACCUAUUCACAAGUCUUUAAGGUGUUUUGCUGUGUUAAAAUUUUAGAGGGAAAAAUGCAAGUGAGAAUAACAACCUAAUAGGCAUUAAUGACUUUAUUUUGGAGUUGAAUUCUGUAAUUUGAAAAACAAUUCGGCUAAAUAUGUAAUAAAUACAAAGUGAUCUAUA